AUGUUGAGUUUACCAGUUCUGGCCACCCUAAUCAGUGCAAUUUCUGCAUUACCAAUUGGUAGUGAUUCACGUAUUCCGUCUCCAACAUCUUCAGAGGAUCUCUUCCCCACUGAUAUUGGUUUCUUUGGUGUAACAGCCACCAAUUCUGCACCUUUUAUGGCACAAACAGACGGUGCAGCUAUUACCUAUGGCGUUCCAACUUCGUCUUAUACAUUGGCGCAGCCAAUUGAAACCGCCAUCCAGGCCAAGGACCACAGGGAAGGUGAUCAAAACAUUUUCCAGCUUAUGGGUAAUCUAUCUCCAUACUACAUCAGUGAUGGUUGGGGCGUCUACGACUACGCAAUCCCAGGCCAAUGCUCCAUCUCACAAGUCCAUUUGUUAUCAAGACAUGGUAGUAGAUAUCCAACAGAUCCGCUGGUUAUCGGUAAGUUGCUCGAUAAUAAGAAUUACACGGUAACUGGUGAAUUGGAAUUUUUAAACGAUUGGAAAUAUUUACAAGGUGUUAAUAUUUUAACCAAGCUAGGUAACCAACAACUAUUUGAUAAGGGUGUUAGAACCUUCUUCAGGUAUGGCCAAUUGCAGGAUUGGAAUGAAGAUGCCGAAAAGAUAGUAGCAAGGACGACAUCACAGGAACGUAUCACCUCAAGUGCGGAAUACUUCCUUGCAGGGUUCUAUGGUUUGGACUGGUAUGACAAGGCCAAUUUGGAAAUUAUUAUUGAAUCUAAUGGAUACAAUGACACGCUUGCACCUUACGAGCAUUGUCCGCUAACAGAUAAAACUGAAGCUACUGCCUCUAUUCCAGCUGAUGGAUUCUUAGAGAAGUACACUAAGAAGGCAGUUGAAAGACUUAACAAACAGAUCAAAGGUUUAACUUUUAAUGCCAAGAGCAUCCAUCAAAUGCAAGAACUAUGCGCAUACGAGACUAACAACAAUGGCUUUUCCCACUUUUGCGGUUUAUUUACUCAACAAGAAUGGGAGGACUAUGAAUAUUAUAACUCUUGGACUUGGUACAACAGCAAUAUGUUUGGCUCACCUAAUGGCAGAGCUAUGGGUGCUGGUUGGGUUGAGGAGUUUAAACAAAGAUUGACAGAUUCAAAUGACUUUGAUUGGAACACUUUAGCGUUACAAAACACUACCCUUGAUACAAACCCAACAUACUUCCCUGUUGACCAGAAGUUAUACUUCGAUUUUUCACAUGACUCAGUUAUUAGUAACAUUUUUACUGCUCUUGGCAUGGAGCAGUUCAAGACGAAUUUCACCGUUGACGGAUCUCUCAGAGAAACGAAUUUCCAAUUAUCAAAGGUUGUGCCAUUUGCCUCACAGACAUACUUUGAGAUCAUUGAAUGUGAUGGUGAGGUUUCAGCAAACAGAACGGAGCCAGAGACGAGCAGCAACAGCACUACGGGCACUCCAAACAAGUAUGUGCACAUGAUAUUGAAUGACCAUACUAUUGACUUGUCGAAGAACUUUCCGGAGUACUGCAGCCCAAGAGUGGACGGAUGGUGUGAAUUUGAUAGCUUUGUCAAAUACCUGGACACGCUCUGGGAGGUUGCGGAUUUUGAAGAGGCUUGCUUUAGUGGAACCUAUAAUACUACCCAGAUUGUCACCGAUGGUGCACCAGAAAAGUAA